CAAUGUGGGAUCUCUUCCCUUUGCCAUUUCUCUUGCUUUUCUUCUCCUCUCGUUGCUUCUUCAAGAGGUUUAACUCUCAGAGUCCCACUAAAGCAAGGCUAUCAAGACGCAAACUUCCAGCUCGCACUACGCACUGAUUCGGAAACAUUGAAAAUUCCUAAUUUCUUUUUCAAGAAAUGGGGAAAUGAAUUGUCUAGCCACGUCACUGCCGAAGACCAAUUCGGCAAUACGUAUCAAAUUAAGGUUAACGUCUGCCUUCAGGGAAACAAGGAAGUUGCUUUAUUUGGUGAAGGGAUAAAAACAAUCGUCCAAAGCUACGCCCUAGACAAAGCCAAGUUGAUUUUUUUUCAGUAUUUGGGUGAUAGCAACUUUGUUUUUACUGUUUGCGCAUGUUUUACUCCAAUUACACCACCAAAUUUGCCCCCUCAUCGGUCAACAAUGUUGGUUGCUGGUCAACAAAUGGAACAGAAUGACAGGCAGUUGUUAUGGUCAUCUACUAUUACGGCUGCAAGGAGGCCCCCCGGGAAGCCACUGGCAAUACCGGCUAACAUGGUAUUCAAAUAUUUCAGAAAUUGUCCACAUUGGGUGAAUGUAUUUCUCCCAAACGGGACUCAGGCUAUAUGGCAUAUACUGUGGUAUCCAUACCAAGGCCUCUUUUCAAAAGGAUGGUAUGACUUCCAGCGUGUUUGCAAAUUUAAUGUGAAUGAUAAGGUUCACUUUUGGACGAAGGAAGGGGGAGGCGUUUUGGAGGUUUCUGUCACUCGGGCUUGAUCUGCGUCCCUUCCAUUUCUGUAUUUUAUCGAACUUUUUAAUGUUGUUCUUUGUUUUAUUUUUCGAACAAUCACUGGUUUGUUAAUAUUUGUUUAUAAAUAUAUAUAAUUUGGUUUUUUUUGCUUAUUCGUUCAUCUAUAUGAUGCCAAUAUGUUAUCUGUAUGCUAUCUGUAUGCAUAUGAUUUUAUGUUUACUGGAUUACCAUGUAAUCCAUACCUAGGUAGA